GAGUCAGUGAAUCUAAGCUUCCCACAAUGGGCCUCUGGAGCCUCCACAAUGGUGUGGACUAAUGCACGCUUUCAGCCUGCCGCUGCUGAGUAUGCAAGGCUUGUGCGAAAGCGGCAGUAAACGAGGGGCUUGGUAGUAUAAAAACAGAAGUGAGGGCCUAGGACUCGACAUUGUUACACUGGAUCUGUUCCACCUCAGUACUCUAGAGCAACCUCACGGUGGAAAUAGCAACCAUGAACACUCAGCAGAUGGAGCAGAUGGGCCAGUUCAAGAUCACUGUCUGGGAGGAGGAGAACUUCCAGGGCAAGCGUUGUGAGUUCCUGCUGGAGUGUCAGAACAUCAUGGAGAGGGGAUUCCAAAAGAUCCGCUCCAUCAAGGUCGAGAAUGGACCCUGGGUUGGUUUUGAGUACCCUGAGUUCCAGGGCCAGCAGUUCAUCCUUGAGAAGGGAGACUACCCCCGUUACGAGGCUUGGAGCGGAAACAGCAGUUACAGAACUGAGCAUAUGCUUUCCUUCAGACCUAUUAAGUGUGCUAACCACAGUGACAGCAAGGUGACUCUGUACGAGUGCGAAGACUUCCAGGGACGCAAGUUCGAGAUGUGCGAUGACUACCCCUCUCUACAGGCUAUGGGCUGGUGCAGCAAGGAGGUUCCCUCAAUUAAAGUCAACUCCGGAGCCUGGGUGGCCUAUCAGUUCCCCGGUUACCGUGGCUACCAGUACAUCCUGGAGAGAGACAGACACCAGGGAGAGUACAGACACUACAAUGAGUACAGCACUCAGGCUCACACCAACCAGGUCCAGUCUAUCCGCAGAAUCCAGCACUAAGUCCACCUGACACUAUCCUCCAGCGGCUACCAUGUACUGACCAUGCCAUGACAUGUAUUAAAAUAGGCAAUAAAGGCUUUAUUCAAACUACGGAAA